AUGGUAAAGCUUGCGGAGUAUCCUCGUACCGCGACUUUUGCGUGGUCUUAUGACCGGUCGCCUUUGUUGGCAACCGGCACAGCGUCGGGCACCAUUGACGCGGAUUUCUCCAGCGAAUCGACUUUGGAGAUUUGGUCCCUGCUGUCGCCACACGAGGCGACCCCCCAAGCGUCAAUUACCGCGGACGCCAAGUUUAACGAUCUGGACUGGUCGCAUGAUAACGCAAUCAUAGCAGGUGCGCUUGAGAAUGGUGUUGUCGAGUUUUUUGCGCCCGAGGAACCACGGUCAGUUGCCAAGCUCGCGCAGCACACUACGCCCGUGAAAACAGUGACGUUCAACGCCAGGCAGCACAAUGUGCUGUGUUCUGGUGGCAGCAAGGGCGAAAUUUACAUUUGGGAUGCCAACAAGAUCGAGACGCCUGGCUACGCACCCUUUGUGCCAGGCACUGCCAUGACCCCUAUGGACGAGAUUUACUCUCUCGCGUGGAACCAAAACCAGGCACAUGUGUUUGCGUCCGCAGGAUCAUCAGGAUAUGCCUCUAUCUGGGACUUGAAAGCGAAAAAGGAAGUUAUUCACCUAAGCUACGCUUCUCCGGUUACAGGUCAGAGAAACCAACUCUCGAUUGUCGAGUGGCACCCAAAUAACUCGACAAGAAUCGCCACUGCUAGCGGUAAUGACAGUGAUCCUUCAAUUCUGAUCUGGGAUCUUAGAAAUGCCAACGUUCCUAUGCAAGUCCUGUCGCAACCUCAUACCAAAGGAGUUUUGUCGCUCGACUGGUGCAAGCAGGACGAAACCCUUCUUUUGUCGAGCGGGCGUGAUAACGUUUGUGUCUUGUGGAACCCAGAAGAAGGACAAAGCCUGACCCAGUACCCCACCCGCGGAAACUGGUGUUUCAAGACCAAGUUCGCCCCCCAGACUCCUGACCUCUUUGCAUCCGCGUCCUUUGAUAACAAAAUUGAAGUGCAGACGCUUCAGAAUGUUACAUGCAGUUUGGACACAGACGCAACUGCCACAAAGCAGCGGGAGUCGGAAACGGAGUUCUGGAACAACGUGUCGGUUCAGGAUGCCAACGAGAAGCCAAUCGUCAAGAAGCUGCAAGCGCCAGCGUGGUACGGAAACAAAUCACAAGCCGCUCAAUGGGCAUUUGGUGGCAAGCUUGUUCAGAUCACAAGCGACAAGAAGGGCGUCAAGAUAAGCAAACCGGCUAUUCCCGGUGCCGAGAAAAAUGUUCUGUUGGACAAGGCGUUGGAGACCAAAGACUUUAACCCAAUUAUCAACAAGAGACUUGUUCAGAGUAUUGAUGCCACCAAUGAAGAAGACUGGAACUUGUUGGAGAAGCUAUCUCUCGAUGGAAAGGACGCUUUCUUGAGCGAGGCUCUAGCGUUCGACGAUGAGGAUACUGAUGAGACUAAGGAGAAAGAUGUGAAAGAUGAUGGGGGUGACUUUUUCAGCAGCCUAAAUGAAAAGUUCGUUCCAGAAGGCUCUUUCCGUCUUGAUGCCUCCGAUAAACUGAACGAUCUCUUUAAAAGCCUUGUGAGGGGCGACAAGAAGAGUGCUAUUUCUAGUGCCUUGGAACAGGAUCUUCUACUUGAAUCUCUUUUGAUUGCUUUAGAUUCUGAUGAUCAAACUCUCAAGCAAAAGGUCAAAAACGCCUAUUUCACCAAACAUGGUAAAACAUCGUCCCUCGCGAGGGUUUUACACUGUGUAUCUGAAGGGGAUGCAGACGAUCUUGUCAAAAACAUUGAAGUUGACCAAUGGAAGUACGCUGUCAAGGCCAUCGAUUCAUACACCUCAGACCUCUCGAAGAAGAACGAGCUUUUCAUUGCCUUGGGCGAUAGACUUUCCGACGCUGGCAACAGGCAAGAUGCAUUGCUUCUAUACCUAAGUGCGCAAUCUCUUGACAAGGUUGCCAGUAUAUGGCUAAAGGAAUUUGUGGGUUUGGAAAGCAAGCUCGAGUCAAAGAAAGAAACUGUGUACGAGGCUCACUUGGAAUGUCUGACCGAGUUUGUUGAAAGGUUCACCGUCUUCAUUAGUUUGAUCAGCGACGAUCAGCAUCAAAGCCUUGCUAAUGAAGAACUUAUCGCCAAGUUCUUGGAAUUUGUUAAUCUAACCUCUUCAAACGGAGACUUUGACUUGGCUCUCAAAUUCCUCGAAAUACUUCCAGGUGAUAACGAAGAUGUCGUUACAGAAAAACAGCGUGUCUUGAUCGCUUCGAACAAGCUUCCUUCCGCUGCCACAAAGUCUCAAAAGCCUAGAUAUGCUGGCGGCAAUGUUCUGAGUGGUACUUCUGUUGCCGGCUUAGGUUUGACUAAUGAUCGCACCCCAGGUGGUGUAAAGAUGCCGCCAGCUCAGCCAAUGCAGACAGUUAACCCUUCCGCGCCUUUUGCUCCUAGCACUCCAUUUAACCAGCAAACGCCUUUGAGGUCACGCGCUGCCUCCUUUGCAGCCCCAGCGCCCGAGUUGUUGAAGUCAAACCCAUACGCGCCUGCCUCUACUCAGGCCACGACAGGCAGCAAGUACGCUCCGCCACCUAUCACAUCUCCUAGCAGUGCCCCACGCGGCUCUAGUGUGGCCUCUUCAGUUCCAAUCACACACAAGAAUGCUGGCACUUAUGCCCCAGCCGUAGCACAACCCUCUGUGGCAGGAGCUGUUCCACCUAACCCUUACGCUCCUAGCGCCGGUGCAUAUGGAAACUUCAGUGGCCAACCUGCUUAUUCACAGCCGCUCAAGCCAGUGGCCAAUGUAAUUGGCGCCUCAGCUCCGGGGGCGAACAGCAUGUCCCCUCCUCUGGCACCUCCUGCCUCUAAUGCUGCAUCUGGCCAAACUCCACACUUGAACAAGAACGCAAACGAUGGUUGGAACGACUUACCUUUGAACGUCAAGGAGAAACCAACUCGUGCCAAGGCAGUUUCUGUCGCCCCUGUGAGUGUGGCUCCCUCAUCUGCUGCGCCUGGUCCUCAGGUGAAUUUUGGCUCUAUUCCACCACCUCCUCUUUCCCGUGUGACAUCUUCAGCGAACCUGCAGACUCCAGUUCCUCAGCGUGUUCCAUCCAAGACAUAUACCCCUCCAAACGGGAGCGCUUCUCCAGCAUCUGUUAACCCAUAUGCACCACCACUAGCCUCUGCGGCUCCCGCUCCCGUAGUGCCAAGCAAUCCUUAUGCUCCCUCUGCAGUCUCUACAGGCCAGCCAGUCCCAGGCAACCCCUACGCUCCAGCGGCAGCCAUGCCCUCAAACCCAUACGCCUCACCACCACCAAAUGGUGCACCACAGCCACAUUUAGGCAAAUCCUAUGGUCCUGGAAGCGGACUUAAUGGGCUGAGUGCUCCUCCUGCAUCUCAAAAAGCACCAAUUGGCCCACCUCCAAAACACAUGAAGAGAAGAACUCAUGCUUCCAACGACAUUGACUCUGCUAACGCUAUCUUGGAGUCUGUUCAAAAAAGGUCAGAGGCUCCGACUCCACAAGUUGGCGGCGCUCCUCCUACGAGCAUCCCAAAGAACCAGCCAUUGUCUGAAGUGACCUCAUCCGGGACCACUCCAGCGCCGCUAGCAGCAGAGCAGGGAUCUUCGUCUGGAAUUCCGGUCGAGCAGCAACCCAUUGUUGACUUUCUAUCCUCCGAGCUCGGCCGCGUUACCCCAUUAAUUCCUCAAGAGUACACCAAGCAGCUUAAAGAUUGUAACAAGAGGCUACGUAUUCUCUUUGGUCACCUAGAAAGACAAGAUCUGCUGACACAGCCUACAGUUGACAAGCUACAUUCCAUUGUUGCACUAAUGAAAGAACGGCGCUAUGCUGACGCUAUGCAAGUUCACGUUGACAUCGCCACCAACCACGCUCAAGAAGCCGGGAACUGGUUAACUGGUGUGAAGAGGCUGAUCGGUAUUGCCGAAGUUACUUCCAGCUGA